UGUCACUUGUCAAUCAAAUGUCACUUUCCUCUAUUUUCUUUCGAUUAAAAACGCAAAAUUUAAUAUUAUAAACACGGCUCUAUCAACGCAAUUAAUUACAAAUAUCCGUCGUGUUUUGUCCCUUCAUCUUCGUCUGAAUCUAUUUAACAUAAUGGACAAAGAAAAACUUCAAGAACGAUUAAAUGUUGAACCAACUGUCGAUGCAAUACAAAAAUUCUUUGCUGAAAAAUUAAAAUUCUCCAGCACCUCCGAUGAACAGGAAAAAGUCAUCGACGAUCUAACAUUCGAUGGUCUAACGAAACACUGGAAGGAGAAGGGUUUCAAGAAUAUCAUCACAAUGGUUGGAGCUGGCAUCUCAACUUCUGCUGGAAUUCCUGAUUUCCGUUCACCUGGUUCUGGUCUUUAUGACAAUUUGCAAAAGUACAACCUUCCUCAUCCAACUGCAAUCUUCGAUAUGGACUAUUUCCUUGAUAAUCCACAGCCUUUUUUUGCUCUAGCAAAAGAACUCUAUCCGGGAACAUUUAACCCGACUCCAUCGCAUUACUUUGUCCGUCUGUUGCAUGACAAGGGUCUCCUUCUCCGACAUUACACCCAAAAUAUAGACACUCUAGAAAGAAUUGCCGGAAUACCAGAAUCCAAACUGGUAGAGGCACAUGGAACAUUCUAUACCAGUCAUUGUUUGGGUUGUCGCAAGGAACACUCAAUGGAAUGGAUGAAGGAAGAGAUCUUCGCCGACAGAGUUCCAACUUGUGCCAAAUGCAAUGGAGUUGUGAAGCCUGAUAUUGUCUUUUUCGGUGAGAACUUGCCUGAGAGGUUUUACACAGCUCCUGAUAAAGAUUUCAAAAAAUGCGAUUUGCUUAUAAUUAUGGGCACUUCAUUGGAAGUUCAACCAUUUGCUGGACUGAUCGAUAGACCAGGUCCGGAUUGUCUGCGAUUGCUGAUUAAUCGAGACAAAGUUGGACGUGGGGGAGGAAGAUCUUGGUAUUCGUUUAGUCCUGGAUUGAUGUAUGGAAGAGAUGAGAAUACAAGAGAUGUGGCUUAUAUUGGAGAUUGUGAUGAUGGUUGCUAUGCUGUGGCUGAUGCUUUGGGAUGGGGUGAUGAGUUGAGGGAAUUGGUGAAAUCGGAACACAAACGAUUGGCAGCUGAGAAUGCUGCAGAAGGAAGUUCUGAUGAAGGAGCUAGUGCAAUAGAAUCUAAGAAGGAAUCGAGUUCGAAAAAAGUUGAGGAUGUCAAGGAGACUCCAUCGAAGGAUAAAGAAAGUAGUAAAACCAAGUAGAUGAUAUCUUAUUUGAAUUUAUAAUUCGGGUGAGAUAGACAACAACAAUAUUAGGUUUACGUAGAAUGGCUUUUAUCGAUGUGAUUAUUUUAUUAUCUUUAAGAUAUUCAAUAAAAUAUAUAUUAUGAACUUAUAUCACUAAGACGGAAUGAAUAGUAAUA